CGCUGCCAGCCCAGCCAACCUCUCCCCGCAGGAAGCGCCCCCUCUCGAUCUCCUCCCCCUAACCAUUGGCGGCGGCCGGCCGCGGCGAGCUCCCACGGCGCGACGGCUGACCAGUCUCGAUUCCAUCACUCCGGCGGUUGACUGACCGGCCGAUCGCGGCGCCGAUGGCGGGACGGCCACGGUGGUGACCGUUACGGAGUUCUUGGUGGGCUCCUUGCCGCGAUGGCAUCCAAGACCGCUGCUGAAACACUCGCCGACAAGCAAUGCACCAAGGCCCUCGCCGAGUCCUCCGAGGCCGCGCCUUCUGCGUGCCAGCCCCAGGAGCGAACUGGCGGAGCAGGCAAAUCGGGGCCUGCUUCGCCGAUAGCGGUUCCGCCGCCGGGCGAUGUGGCCACGUCCAGUGGAGUCAAAGAAGACGAUAAAGGCUGCAGCUCCGUUGACGGGUGUGUCAAACUGGACUGCGACGAGGACGCCGAGAAGAGCUCGAUGCGGGGCAGCGUCAAGGACAGCUCGGUCUCCGCCAAGUUCAGCGACGGGACGAGCAGCCUGACGAAGGCGAGCGGGAGCACCAAGGUCAGCGGCCACGCCGACUUCGUCCCGAGCGGGAAGAGCAGCGUCUACCGGCCCAGCGCCGGCAGCGACGUGAGCGACGACAGCACCUGCAGCAGCAUCUGCAGCAGCGCGAGCAAGCCUCACAAGUCGAACGACUCGAGGUGGGAGGCGAUCCAGGCCGUCCGGACCAAGGAAGGCUCGCUGGGGCUGAGCCAUUUCAGGCUGCUCAAGAGGCUUGGCUGCGGCGACAUCGGCAGCGUCUAUUUGUCGGAGCUUAGUGGCACGAAAUGCUACUUCGCGAUGAAGAUUAUGGACAAGGCGUCUCUUGCUGGCCGCAAGAAGCUUCUGAGGGCCCAGACUGAGAGGGAGAUUCUGCAGUGCUUGGACCAUCCGUUUCUUCCAACUCUGUACACCCACUUCGAGACGGAUAAAUUCUCGUGCUUGGUGAUGGAGUUUUGCCCUGGAGGAGACCUGCAUACUCUAAGGCAGAAGCAGCCUGGGAAGUUUUUUCCUGAACAAGCUGCCAAGUUUUAUGUAGCAGAGGUGCUUCUUGCUCUAGAGUACCUACACAUGCUCGGUAUCAUAUAUCGGGACCUCAAGCCAGAGAAUGUUCUUGUGAGAGAAGAUGGCCACAUUAUGCUGUCGGAUUUUGAUUUGUCCCUCCGCUGUGAUGUGAGCCCUACACUUCUUAAAUCUUCCAACCCUGGUGUAGAUCCUAACCUAAAGAGCAAUCCAGCUUAUUGUGUACAGCCCGUGUGUAUUGAGCCAGCCUGUAUUCAGCCCGCUUGUGUUACAACAACCACAUGCUUCUCGCCUCGAUUUUUCUCAUCCAAGUCCAAGAGGGAGAAGAAGGAAAAGAAAGCAAAGGCAGACAUUGCAAGUCAAGUCAGACCACUCCCUGAGCUUGUUGCAGAGCCCACAGAUGCAAGGUCUAUGUCAUUUGUUGGCACCCAUGAGUACUUGGCACCUGAGAUCAUAAAGGGCGAGGGGCAUGGGAGCGCUGUCGACUGGUGGACCUUUGGCAUAUUCUUGUAUGAACUUCUUUACGGAAAGACCCCGUUCAAAGGUUCAGGGAACAGGGCAACACUAUUCAAUGUUGUCGGACAGCCCCUCAGGUUCCCAGAAUCGCCUGUUGUGGGUUUUGCGGCAAGGGAUCUUAUAAGAGGAUUGCUCAUCAAGGAGCCACAGCAUCGAUUGGCGUACAAGCGUGGAGCCACAGAAAUAAAGCAGCACCCCUUCUUUGAAGGUGUUAACUGGGCAUUGAUAAGGUGUGCUACUCCUCCAGAUAUCCCCAAGCCAGUUGAGAUCCCUCGUCCGGUAGCCUCCACAAGUCAAAAGGCAACGCCAUCAUCCGAGAAAGCUCCAGACAGUUAUCUUGAAUUUGAUUUCUUUUAGUGGAUUCUUCCAAGACAAUUUUAUGUGCAAGCUGUAAAGUCCUUUUUUUUUUCUCCAAGACAUUUUUUCUGGAUUCUAAUAACCUGAUAUGUAGAUGUCAUAUGUUCCUAGUGCUAUUCUUAAGUUUCAUUUGCAGUUCAUUUCACCUCAUCACAUUAGAUGGGAGCCUCUAUCAGGUGGAUGUUGUAAUAUCCUUCAUCAAUCACUGAGAAGUAGGUUCUCUUUUUUUAAUACAAAUAAGUGUUUAUGUUC